AUGGCUGUGGGAACAGUUCUCGUCACCGGUGGUACUGGCUACAUCGGGUCCUUCACCACCCUCGCCCUCCUCGAGAACGGCUACGAUGUCGUCAUUGUCGAUAGUCUCCUCAACUCGUCCCAGGCCGCCGUAGACCGCAUCGAGCUUAUUUGCGGCAAGCGUCCUACCUUCUACCAGGUCGACAUCACAGACGAGGCCGGCCUCGACAAUGUGUUUUCCAAGCACCCCGAGAUCGACAGCGUUAUUCACUUCGCCGCCCUCAAGGCCGUUGGCGAGUCUGGGGAAAUCCCACUCGAGUACUACCGUGUCAAUGUCGGCGGCAGCAUCACCCUGCUCCGUUCCAUGGCCAAGCACAAUGUUCCCAACAUUGUCUUCUCAUCCUCCGCCACUGUCUAUGGUGAUGCCACCCGUGUCCCUGGCAUGAUUCCCAUUCCCGAGAGCUGCCCCAUUGGUCCCACCAACACAUACGGUCAUACCAAGGUGAUGAUCGAGACCGUCAUUUCUGAUCAUAUCGAGGCUGAGAGGAGGAAGGCCAAAAAGCGGGCAAGCCCUUCGAGCAAUGGAACGGCGCUCUGCUCCGCUACUUCAACCCCUGCGGUGCUCACCCCAGCGGCAUCAUGGGAUGCUAAACUUUAUACAACAGACUACGCCUCCAAGGAUGGCACUGCGAUUCGCGACUACAUCCACGUCCUCGACCUUGCCAGCGGUCACCUUGCCGCCCUCAACUACCUCCGCGAGAAGAAGCCUGGUGUCAAGGCUUGGAACCUCGGUUCCGGUCGUGGCAGCACGGUGUUCGAGAUGAUUAAGGCCUUCAGCAAGGUUGUUGGUCGUGACCUGCCCUACCAGGUUGUCGAGAGGAGACACGGCGACGUGUUGGAUCUGACUGCCAACCCCGCGCUCGCCAACGAGGAGCUCAAGUGGAAGACAAAGCUCACCCUGGAGGACGCAUGCGCCGAUCUAUGGCGCUGGGUGGAGAAUAACCCCAAGGGUUACCGACAAGAUCCGCCGGCCGAGCUCUUGGAGAAGCUCAAGGCCAGCAAGGCCGCCAAGAACUAA